AGGUGGCGCGCCCACGCUGCCGGGGGGCAGGGCGAACAUGCGACACGGCCACGGAUCAGCUGGGGAAGCAGAGCCCAGCAUUCUGGUCUUCGACGAGGCUCACAACAUCGACGAUGUUUGCAUCGAGGCCCUGAGCGUCCGGCUCAACCGGACGAGGCUGGACCAGUCCUCCGGCAAUCUGACGCGGCUGAGCAACGAGGUCGAGCGAGUGAAACGGGAGGACGCCAGCAGGUUGCAGGACGAGUACAGGCGGCUGGUGCAGGGCCUGCAGCAGGCGGGCCAGAUCGACGCGGGGAUCGCCGAGAGGCUGCAGAGCCCGCAGUUGCCCGAGGACCUCGUGAACGAGGCUAUCCCUGGGAACAUCCGGCGCGCGGAGCAUUUCCUGGCCCUGCUGCGGCGCAUAGUAAACUUCUUGAAGAGGUACAUCCACGUCGACCGUGCGCAGUGCGAGGGGCCGCUGUCCAUCAUCCAGAAGCUAGAGGACGACACGGAAGUGGAUUCGAAGUCCCUCAAGUUCUGCCACGAGCGGUUGCGGUCCUUGCUAAACACGCUGCGCACGGCGAAUCUGGACGAGCUCACCCCGAUCGUCAAGGUUGCGGACUUUGUCACCAUGCUGGGCACGUACGCCCAGGGUUUCACUGUGAUCGUGGACCCCUACCCGGAGGCGGAAGGCAUCUACGAUCCCAUGUUGCUGCUCAGUUGCCUGGAUGCGUCGUUGGCGAUGCGACCUCUGCUCAAGAGAUAUCAGUCAAUAGUGCUUACGUCGGGCACAAUAUCGCCGCUUGAGAUGUACCCGAAGAUCCUCGGCAUGACGAAUGUGGUUGCAACAGAGUCCUUCUCCAUCCAGAUGGAGCGCAAGAGUCUUUGCCCACUCAUCGUGACCCACGGGCCCGACCAGGUUCCGGUUACGUCGCGAUUCUCGCUGCGCGAAGACCCUGCGGUCGUCCACAACUACGGGGUAUUCCUGGAGCAGUUGGUCCAGACAAUCCCCGACGGCAUGGUGUGCUUCUUCACGUCUUACAGGUAUAUGGAGCAGGUGAUCGAGAAGUGGUACGAGACGGGAGUGAUCUCGCGGGUCCUGCAGCACAAGCUGGUCUUCAUCGAGACCAAGGACGUCGUCGCGACGACCUAUGCGCUCAGCCUCUACCGCCAGGCGUGCGACUCUGGCCAGGGCGCCGUGUUCCUGAGCGUGGCACGCGGCAAGGUCUCCGAGGGGAUCGACUUCGACCGCCAUUACGGCCGCUGUGUCGUGCUCUUCGGGGUGCCGUUCCAGUACACCCUGUCUCGAGAGCUACGCGCUCGACUAGAGUUCCUGCGCGAGCACUACCAGAUUAAAGAGGCCGAGUUCCUGAACUUCGACGCCAUGCGCCAGGCGUCGCAAUGCCUGGGCAGGGUCAUCCGGUCCAAGAAGGACUACGGCGUCAUGAUCUUCGCCGACCAGCGGUACGCCCGACAGGACAAGCGGUCCAAGAUCCCAGAUUGGAUCCGGACCUUUAUAGAGCCCGGCCAUUUCGUCAUGGCAACUGACAUGGCUGUGAACGCAGCAAGGAGCUUCCUGCUCCAGAUGUCGCAGCCGUACGUCGAGAUCACCGGCGCCGGCGCCUCCGUGCUCACCCUCGAGGCCCUGCAGGACCUGCAGGCGCGCGAGGCGGAGGCGGCCCUGAGCGCGAGGGCGCCUUGCGCCGACUCUGGCGGCGGGCCGGCCGCCGCGGAGGCACCGGGCGCGAAGCGCCCUCGGCAGGUGACGCGUGCGUCUGCCGCCCUCGGCCGCGAAGCAGAGAGGAAGUACUUCAGGUCAGUUGCCAGCGGCGACGGCGGCGGCCAGGUGAUCGUUUUCUGGCUCCAGCCUGGAUACUGGGAUGCCCUUGGAUCAUCCAGGGCCACCUUCGCCCUCUUGGAGCAGUCCUGGCGCCCCAGGGCAGACUGGAUGACAUCACUGGCCAAGUUAGAAAAGGCCCCGCCACCUUGGCCAAGGACCGACCUGUCCGACCACUUGAUGCUCCUCUUUGCGAUGAGGCCGCGCACGAGGGCCAAGAAGCAAGCGAGGAUCAUCCCCGACUACAUCUUCAAGCAUCCCGGCUUCGCCAAGCAGUACGAGCGGCUGCGUCAAGCGCCUUCCUUCGACAUAUACCCCGACGCCAUAAAGUGGCAGCGCACGAAACAGCUGAUGCGCCACGCUGCUGCGACGCCUCGGGACGUGCUCAUGAGCGAGCCCUCUGCAGCCAGCUUUGCCACGCCGGGCACCAGCAACAGCGUGGUCCAGCUUGUCAACGACAACGCUUUCUACGAGCAGGCGCGAGACACCUUUGGCAAGUGCUUGGCAUCGCUCGGCCCCUUCAACAAGCUCGGGUCGCCGCUCUGGAAGGUGAUGUCGCUGCAGGGCCGCCUCAAGGUCGCGAUGGACGCGACGGCUCUCUCGGUCGACCGGGUACUUGAGCCGUUCGUUCUCGACAUGUGCAGCGGCACAGAGGCACCCAGAGGGCUGGACAGCUCGGAGUUCGCCUUCCUCCCAAAGAGCGAUCUCCCGAACGACUCGGUUGAGGUCCUCCUGGGACCUGGCGCCACGAAGCCAAUGACAUUGAAAAGCGCGGACAGCAAGCUUACCACAAGCGCUGUGAACCACCGUAUGCAAAGCGCCGCGCAGGAGGACUGCCACGGGAGCCCGCACGGCGUUGUAAAAAGCAGGCGCUUCGGUGAGAAUCGAUUGCGCCUGGACGCCGCCGCCCUCUACGCCUCGGCCUCGCCGACGGCUCUGGAGGACAAGCCGAUCCGAAUUUUCACGGCCAGCUGGUUUCGGAUGGUGGCGGGGCGCAGCGGGGCCUCCCUCGGCAUCCGCAGCCUGUGGAAGGCGCCAUGCGAAGACGCCCAGGCCCUCCUUGACGAGGAGCUCGUCGCCGAUGUCAAGAGCGUGAGCUGGCAGAUGGUGCCGCAGUGGGCUGCCUUUUGUCGUGGAGGCCUGCUCCAGGCACUUGGCGGCCCUGGGAUGAGCCCGGCGGUCCGGUGGAACACCGCGCAGACCAAGUGGUGGAAGCGCACGCUGACGUUGGCAGGGGAGCCGUGCGGGCCGACGGAAGCAGCUUGCCUUGCGUACCACAAGAUCCUCAACAUGCCGUCCAGCUCGUUCGCGCUACGGGAGCUCUUCUGGUUGCGGGGGGGCAUGGUGCAACGGCUGGCUGCAACGGCCUAUGCCGACCUCGAUGGUUGCAACGGCCUGUUCGAGACUGAACUCUACGACGAGAUGGAGCGCAGGAGCGAGGACAACGUCCUGGUCGUGAGCCUGGCGGGAGGAGCCCACGGACACUGCACAGCGCUGCCAUGCAGCCGCGCAGGGAGGCUCACGACACUGGGCCCGGCAACCAGCCGUGUGACCGACAGCGACACCAGGCACGCCGCGCAGCCGCGCGGCCGCAGGCCGCGCGCGGUCGAGAGGGCGGACGCGGCCCGAGGGGAAGGGACGAGCCCCGAAGUUGCGCCGUCUUCCUCGCCGCUGGUCUUCUUGGGCUACAUCGGCAGCACCUGCCACAUCUACACCUGCGAGCAGGAGCUGUCAGAGAGACCUUGGCGGAUCUUGCAGAAGUCCGUGAGAUUCCUCGCGGGCGCGCAUCGGCGCGCAGGCGCCACGAGGGAGAACAUGGUGGUAUAA